AACUGUAGAGCGCUGUGCAGCUAUGACUGCGGUCCUGGCCGGGGGAAGGGAGAAGUGGCGAGAGUUCCCCGUGUCCCCCGUCAGCCCCAGGCACCUCCCAGCUGCUGUGUGUGUGGGAAGAAGGAGGAGUGAUGGGCAGAACCAGCGCUUCCCCCAGGCACUAGACCUGCCAAGAGUGGACUUGGUUCCCUCUCAGACUGCCUCAUUCCACCCUAAGAACACAGAUCUAUUUGAGAUGAUUGAAAAGAUGCAGGGAAGCAGGAUGGAUGAACAGCGAUGCUCCUUCCCACCACCCCUCAAAACGGAGGAGGACUACAUUCCGUACCCGAGCGUCCACGAGGUCCUGGGCCGAGAAGGGCCCUUCCCCCUGAUCCUGCUGCCCCAGUUUGGGGGCUACUGGAUUGAAGGCACCAAUCACGAAAUCACCAGCAUCCCAGAGACGGAGCCGCUGCAGUCGCCCACGACCAAGGUGAAGCUGGAGUGCAACCACACCGCCCGCCUCUACCGGAAGCACUUUCUCGGCAAGGAGCACUUUAACUACUACUCGCUGGACGCCGCCCUGGGCCACCUUGUCUUCUCACUCAAGUACGAUGUCAUCGGGGACCAGGAACACCUGCGGCUGCUGCUCAGGACCAAGUGCCGGACAUACCACGACGUCAUCCCCAUCUCCUGCCUCACUGAGUUCCCCAACGUGGUCCAGAUGGCAAAGCUGGUGUGUGAAGACGUGAACGUGGAUCGAUUCUAUCCUGUGCUCUACCCCAAGGCCUCCCGCCUCAUUGUCACCUUCGACGAGCAUGUUAUCAGCAAUAACUUCAAGUUCGGAGUCAUUUAUCAGAAGCUCGGGCAGACCUCUGAGGAAGAACUCUUCAGCACCAAUGAGGAGAGCCCCGCCUUCGUGGAGUUCCUCGAGUUUCUGGGCCAGAAGGUCAAACUGCAGGACUUUAAGGGGUUCCGAGGAGGCCUGGACGUGACCCACGGGCAGACGGGGACCGAGUCUGUAUACUGCAACUUCCGCAACAAGGAGAUCAUGUUCCACGUGUCCACCAAGCUGCCCUACACGGAAGGGGACACCCAGCAGUUGCAGCGGAAGCGACACAUUGGCAACGACAUCGUGGCUGUGGUCUUCCAGGACGAGAACACGCCGUUUGUGCCGGACAUGAUUGCGUCCAACUUCCUGCACGCCUACGUGGUGGUGCAGGCCGAGGGUGGGGGCCCCGAUGGCCCCCUCUACAAGGUGUCCGUCACCGCAAGAGAUGACGUCCCCUUCUUCGGGCCACCCCUCCCGGACCCCGCUGUGUUUCGGAAGGGGCCUGAGUUCCAGGAAUUUUUGCUGACAAAGCUGAUCAAUGCCGAAUAUGCUUGCUACAAGGCAGAGAAGUUUGCCAAACUGGAGGAGCGGACACGGGCCGCCCUCCUGGAGACGCUCUAUGAGGAGCUGCACAUCCACAGCCAGUCCAUGAUGGGCCUGGGCGGCGACGAGGACAAGAUGGAGAACGGCGGCGGGGGCGGCGGCUUCUUCGAGUCCUUCAAGCGGGUCAUCCGGAGCCGCAGCCAGUCCAUGGACGCCAUGGGGCUGAGCAACAAGAAGCCCCACACCGUGUCCACCAGCCACAGUGGGAGCUUCACGCCCAACAAUCCCGACCUGGCCAAGACAGCUGGAAUAUCAUUGCUUAUUCCCGGGAAAAGUGCCAGUAGAUUCGGACGCCGAGGCAGUGCCAUAGGCAUAGGAACCGUGGAAGAGUCACUGAUUGUCCCUGGCAAGAGCCCCACGAGGAAGAAAUCAGGUCCGUUUGGCUCUCGCCGCAGCAGCGCUAUCGGCAUCGAGAACAUCCAGGAGGUGCAGGAGAAGAGGGAGAGCCCCCCGGCCGGCCAGAAGACCCCAGACAGCGGGCACGUCUCCCAGGAGCCCAAGUCGGAGAACUCAUCCACUCAGAGCUCCCCAGAGAUGCCCACGACCAAAAACAGAGCGGAGACAGUGGCCCAGAGAGCGGAAGUGCUGAAGGACUUCUCCCGCUCCUCGUCCAGCGCCAGCAGCUUCGCCAGCGUCGUGGAGGAAGCAGAGGGCGUGGAUGCGGAUGACACAGGCCUGCUCAGCCUCACAGCAUCUCCUCCGGAAAGCCUGACUUUGCAGUCCCAGGGAGAGUGUCUCCUCCUCAGGGACACCCCACAAGCGGGACUCCUUCAUCUACAGCACGUGGCUGGAAGACAGCAUCAGUACCACAAGUGGAGGCAGCUCCCCAGUGAGGUGGCUCCCUCCUGCCUCCCUCCCCAGGCCCCUCUCGGUCACCCCAGCCCGACACUGGCAAGUUGGGGGACCCUGCGUGUCCCGAGAUCAAGAUCCAGCUGGAAGCAUCUGAACAGCACACGCCCCAGCUGGGCUGUUAGCCACACUGUCACUCUGAAGGUGACCCCGAGCAGACGAGGGUGCAGAAGCACGAGGCGAGGGUGCUCCAGCAGAUCCGGGCGGACGGGACCUCUGCCCCCCGAGGCCAGCACCAGCCUGGGGGCUGCCCCUCGCCUGCCCAGCCCUCCUCCUGGCCCACAUCUGGGCUGUCUCUGCAGGGCGGAGCUGGCCAGCCCUGGGAGCGGGGAAGCUGCUGGCACCGUCCCCACCCCCUGGGCUGGGAGGCUGGCUGGGGCAGGGAGAGGUCAGUUGGAACGGGACUCCAGGCCUGGCUGAUCCAUCACCCCUGGGUGCCCCUCUGGAUUCGAAGGAGUGAGCUGGAAAGGAGAACUGAGGCAUUUCAGUGCACACAGAGCCUGCCAUGGAGGCGGUGGGUAGGAGGAGCCCUGGGCUGGGGUCCUGAGUCCUAGCUUGUGGUUCGGGAUCCGCUCUGCGAUUCUAGGCCCAUCACACUCCCUCUCUGAGUGUCUCUGCUCUAAAUGGACAAGGUCAUUUCAGAGGUCGCUGAAGAGUGGGAUUCUGCGCACCUGCCCCAGAGUGGAGGAUCCCGGGGGCCUCCUGUCACCCUCUCCUGCUUCUUGGGGUUCCUGGGGCCCCAGGUCGGCUGAGGGACGGGGCUGGCUGUGGCCACGGCACCUCCUAGACCUGCCAAGGCCCUGCCCGCCGCCUCUACAUGACAGACGAGUGACCCCCUUGUGGGCGUCGGGGGACCUAUCUGGCUCUCCCGCCAGCCCCCGGCUCGACCCCCGGCAUCUCCGGCCCCUGGCGCUCCAGGCCGAGGGGCCUCAGCUGGCUCACCUUUGCACCACCCCCACCUGGCACGGAGUGGGCAGGCAGGCACAGCUGCCGUGAGUCCACAUCGUCGUGUGUGUCUGUCCACACUUUUUAGGCACCACACCAAGGGGCAGCCUUUCGGCCCCAACACCUGUCUCAGAAGCCCCCGUGGCCACGUGUGUGUGUCGGUAACAGUUGUAAUAAAUAAAUUCUAUUUAUCGCUAUUGUA